AUGAAUGAAACAGCAGCAAUUAAAUGUGUCCGGUGGUCGACUAUAACUGUCUAUGAGUUUGGUGUGACAUUAGGUGGAAGUGCUGUUCCUCGUCGUGGUGGUCCAUCCAUUGGUCUUGCACGUAAACCACAACAUGUAUGGAGUACAACACUUGAAAAGGUCCGACGGGGGGAGGGUGAGGAGGAUGACAACGUUUUUAUGGAGCAAAAGGACACUGCAGAUUACAAGAAUGACCGACGUAAACGUCGUGUACAACGUGCUCGGAGAGUUCGGUGGUUGAAACCAUUGGAACGUAUUACAAUGUUGACAAAGGCUGGAUGUAGUGAGAAGCGAAUCUAUCGUAUGAUGAUGGAGAGUUCAGAUAUUGCCAUGUCUCGAAGGUUGUGUAUCUCCAUGCAGCGUCAAGUGGCAGUGUAA